CCGGCCCCCCCCCGGCUCCCUCCACAUGGUGCUAGGAGGGGCUCCUGGGCCCCUGUGUCGGUGUGUGGUGGCAGGCGCGGGUGGCACCAGGCUGAGAUGCUCUGCAGGGCACCGCGGCUGGGGGCAGGCGGGACGUGGCCCCCUCCAGCCCUGGGGUCUGAGCUGCGGCCGCGGGCUCCAGCUUGGCCCCAGGGCUGGGUCCCACGCGGCCCCGCAGCUCGGGGUGAGUCUCGCUUGGGGCAGCUGCGCCGCCGCAGGCCCUGCGUGGUGCUGGGGUGAGUCCUGCUGGGCCCUGUGCAGCCCUGCCGCGCUGGGUGCCGGCGCUGCGGUGCCCUGCAGCACCAUUGGCGAGCCUUGCACGGCCCCGCAGCACGGGGUGCAAACCUUGCACGGCCCCGUAGCGCUGCCCGCCCGUCCUGCGUCGCGCUACAGAGCGAGGCGCGAGCCCCGCGUGGCCCUGCAGCGCUGUUUGCGGGUCCCACGCGGCCCUGCAGCGCCGCUUCCAGCUCCUGCUCGGCCCUGCAGCGCCAGGCGCAAGCCUUGCUCGGCCCUGCGGUACCGGGCACGAGCCCCGUGUGCCCCGGCAGCGCCGCUCGCGGGUCCCCCUGGACCCUGCGGCGCGUUCCGCGGGACCCGCUCACCCCACGGCACCUCCUGUGGGUCCGGUCCCCGGCGCGGCACCGAGCACAAGUCGUGGCCCCGCCGCCCAUCGGGGGCUCCUCCGCCCACCCCAGGCGCCCGUGCCUGGGCCGCCCGGGCUGGGCAGAGGGGCCGGGGCCGGUGCCGGUGCCGGCGGGAAGCAGGUUCCUGCCGCGGCACAACUGGAAGGCGCCGGGGCUGCUCGGGGGCACCGGCACCCCUGCGGCGGCCGCCGGGUCUCCGUGGGACCGUGGGGAUGCGUGGGGAAAGAGUUCAGUUUUUAACGUACCCGACUCACGUCUUUUUUUAAAACAAACAGACAAAUUUUGUUGCACAGCCCUAGAUUUAAACAGUUAAAAAUAAAAAAAUAAAAAAAAAUAAAGCCUAAAUUCCUUAAGAUCUGCCGAGGGAGUAGGUGACAAACACGGUGCUAAAACAUUUUAUUAAAAAUAUAUAUUGUUAAAUUAAGUCUGCUGUCUGGACAAUGACUGUUUGUUUUGUUUUCUUGUAGUGGAGUUUCAAAGAGCACUAUUAUUUUACUCUUAUAUAUUAUUAUUAAAAAAAAAAAGAAAAAA